GAGACCUGCUGCGUUGAACAGACGAUCCUUCAGCAGACAUCUCUCCAGCAGUACCAAGUGGAAGAUGGACCGAACAGCCACUGUAACCAUCCUCAUCCUCCUCCUGUGUGCCAUUGCUGCACAGGGUAUUCUGAUCCCAGGAGCACAAGGGCGGUGCCAGUGCCUUCAGACCAGCUUUGAUAUUAUUCAUCCGGUGUCCAUCCAGAGCUUGAAAUACAUUCCCCGUGGAUCCCACUGCGAUAAAGCAGAAAUAAUUGUUACGCUGAAAAAUAAGAAUAAGAAGUGUGUGGACCCUGAUGCCAAGUGGUUGGAGGUCCUCUUCACUGCCUAUAAAGGUGCUAAGAAACAGAAUUCAAAAAACUGAAGCUGCAAAAUCAGGGAAUCAAUUCCAUCUCUGGAUUAUCCGACGGGGAAUGAUGGAAGCUCAGCCCCGGGUGUUAACUCUGUGAUAUCAGCACCCAGUGGUUCGUUCCAGUGUCUCCUCUUCAUUGUCUUCUGAGAGUUUCAUCAUUCAUCCUGAAGCUUACUCCUGUCAUACUACCUGCUUAUCCUGAGAAAACCAUAAACUUUGUUCCAAGUCUGCGGCUUCAUUUGAUAUCUCUGGUAAUGAAGUAGAUUUUGUAACUGCUAAGCGUUACAAUGAUAAUGUCAUAAAGUACUCUCCAAAUGAAUUAUUAGUCCUACAUAAUUAUUAGUAAAUAAUUUUUAAUCAAUGAGCUAGACACAGAGGCAUUCUGUGGAAAAGGGUUAAAAUUUGGCAUUAGAGAUCAGAAGAGUAAGAAGUGAUGUUAGUUUAUGUGUUCCAUGGGUGGAUUGUUCAUUUUGAAUGUUACUCACAUGGAAAUCUUGUGUUUGGGGUUGGCAUGGGGAAGAGCUGAUUAAGUCCCCUGCUAGCCACAAUUAGGACUGGUGACCACAGGAAUAAAACUUGCAACUGACCAAAUCCUGCUCCCUACACUUCUGUUAUCCCAGCCCCACAAUUCCAUACAAACAACUUAGACAUGAGACUAGAAAGCAAUCUGUAUUCACACACCACCUUCUCAAUCCUACAUAUGGAGAUUGAGAUAUGAGGCCCAAAAGGUAUUGUCAACAGUUCUUGGGCUGCAGAUAUCAGAAAAGAUUUGUUGUCAAUGGAGAGAGCCUAGAGGAGGUUCACAAGGAUGAAUCAGGGUAUAAAAGGGUUAACAUAUGAGGUGUGUUUGGCAGCUUUGGGCCUGUACUCACUGGAAUUGAGAAGAAUGCAUGGGGAUCUUAUUGAAACCUACCAAAUGUUGAAAGGAUUAGAUAGGAUGGAUGUGGAGAUGAUGUUUUCUAUGGUGGGGGUAUCCAGAGCUAGAGGGCACAGCAUCAAAACUGAGGGGCGACCUUUUAGAAUUGAGGUAAGGAGGAACUUUUUUUAGCCAAAGAGUAGUGAAUCUAUGGAAUGUUUUACCACAGAGUGCAGUGGAAUGAAAAUCCAUGGGUAUAUUUAAGGUGGAAGUUGGACGUUUCCUGAUUGGUCAGGGCAUCAAAGAACCUGAUGAGAAAGCAGAUGUAUAGGGUUGAGUGGGAUCCAGGAUCAGCCCAUAUGGAAUGGCAGAGCUGACUCAAUGGGCUGAAUGGUCUAAUUUGCUCCUAUGUCUUAUGGUCUUACAUGAUUUACCAGGAAUUGAAAGUUGAUUUAUCCUUAGCUGUUCCAUAAAAAGAUCUACUUUAGAAAGUUGAAGUUACAGAAUAAAAAGUUAAACAUGGUUCUAAUUUUACUGGUAGAUAGAGCACAAUGUAUAUUUUCAAAAUCAUAUGUCAAACAAAUUUUACAUUCCCCCUUUUUCUGUUGAAAUUCUGUACGUAGUCUGUGAUGUCAGUACUAUUAACUAUAAAUAUAAUGGAACCAUUUUAAAAAGGAACUUACAAGUUUUGUUGGUAUCAGUUUACUGUAAUGUUUUAAAACCAUUUGCAUUUGAAGUUAAAUUGUGGGAUUUUCGCCGUUAAAUGUCAGAUUUUAAGAUCCAUACAAAUCAAAUUCUAUAGAGCUGUGAAUUUUAUAUAAAGUAUUUAGAUUUUAGAAGAUAAUUUUGUUAAUAAUUUGAUAAUCAGGAAACAAAAUUUAUAAAUAGAAAUAAUAUCUGUACAGCUUAACAUCACACUUGGAUGAUUGAUGUAUAUGAACAAAUUUGUUGAACAUUCUUGAAAUGUAUGUAAGAGAGCAAAAUAAACUGGA